AUGUCUUCAACUGAUCAAACAUAUUACAGAGAUGGGCAUGACGCGUCCAUCUCACAGACUCAUUCUUGGAGAAAUGUAAAGAAUUCUUGUGCUUAUAUGUUGAAUUUCAUCAAACCAACAGACAAGAUUUUAGAUGUGGGUUGCGGUCCAGGGACAAUUACUUAUGAUUUGGGUAAAUAUGUUCCAAAAGGUGAGAUUAUUGGUAUUGAACCUACAAAAGAAUUAAUUGAUGAAGCCUUGGGGGAUGAAACUACAAAGAAAUCACAACCAAACGUUUCAUUUGAAGUGUGUUCCGUGUAUUCUUUACCAUAUCCGGAUAGCUGUUUUGAUAUUGUUCAUGCUCAUCAAGUGAUUGUGCAUUUGGAAAAUCCAUUGAAAGCACUACAAGAAAUGAAGCGAGUAUUGAAACCAGGUGGUUAUUUAUGUUGUAGAGAUGGUGACUUACAAGCUUGUAUCUUCUAUCCAGAAGUUUUUAUAGAGCCACUUUUCUAUUAUUUGGAAAAAGCAACUACUGAAUUUACUUGUUGGUAUGGUGGUUCAAGAUUAAAAGAGCUAUUUAUUGGUGUAAAGUUUAAACCAGAUAAAAUCAUACAUACUACUUCAACCUGGUGCAUUUCAAGCAGAGCUGAUAGAGAAUUAUUUUCAAAUAUGUAUAUCAAAAGAUUAGAUUCCAUAAAGUAUAACAGCUCGGAUAAAUACACCAAGUCUCAAUUGAAGGAAGCAUGGCUUCAAUGGGCUAAUGAUGAUAAGGCAAGCUGGGUUCAAAUACAUGGUGAAGUAAUUGCUCAGAAAUGA